AUGUUUGUGGGGCGCAGGUUGGGAGAAGGUGCGUGUCAAGGGGAGACGUUUAGGGGGGAGACGUUUGUGAGACACAGGUUGGGAGAAGGUGCAUAUGAAGGGGAGAUGUUUAGGGGGGAGACGUUUGGGGGGCGCAGGUUGGGAGAAGGUGCAUCUGAAGAGGAGACGUUUACGGGGGAGACGUUUGGGAGGCGCAGGUUCGAAGAAGAUGCGUGUGAAGGGGAGUCGUUUAGGGGGAAGACGUUUGUGGCGCGUAUGUUCGGAGAAGGAGCGUGUGAAGGGGAGACGUUUAGGGGGGAGACGUUUGUGGGGUGUAGGUUGGGAGAAGGUGCGUGUGAAGGGGAGACGUUUAAGGGGGAGACGUUUGUGGGGCGCAGGUUGGGAGAAGGUGCGUGUGAAGGGGUGACAUAUAGGGGGGAGAUGUUUGUGGGGCGCAAGUUGGGAGAAGAUGCGUGUGAAGGGGAGACGUAUAGGUUUGGAGAAGGUGCGUGUGAAGGGGAGACGCUUAGGGGGGAGACGUUUGUGGGGCGCAGGUUCGGGGAAGGUGCGUGUGAUGGGGAGACGUUUAGGGGGGAGACGUUUGUGGGGCCCAGGUUCGGGGAAGGUGUGUGUGAAGGGGAGACGUUUAGGAGGGAGACGUUUGUGGGGCGCAGGUUCGGAGAAGGUGCGUGUGAAGGGGAGACGUUUAGGGGGGAGACAUUUGUGGGGCGCAGGUGGGGAGAAAAUGCAUGUGGAGGGGAGAUGUUUGUGGGGCGCAAUUUGGGAGAAGGUGCGUGUGAAGGGGAGACGUUCAGGGGGGAGACGUUUGUGGGGCGCAGGUUGGGAGAAUGUGCGUGUGAAAGAGAGACGUUCAGGGGGGAGACGUUUGUGGGGCGCAGGUUCGGAGUAUGUGCGUAUGAAGAGGAGAUGUUUAGGGAGGAGACUUUCGUGGGGCGCAGGUUUGGAGAAGGUGCGUGUGAAGGGGAGAUGUCUAGGGGGGAGACGUUUGUGGGGCACAGGUUGGGAGAAGGUGCAUAUGAAAGGGAGACAUUUGUUGGGCGCAAGUUGGGAGAAGGUGCGUGUGAAGGGGAGACGUUUAGGGCGGAGACGUUUGUGGGGCUCAGGUUGGGAGAAGGUGCGUGUGAAGGGGAGACGUUUGUGGGGCGCAGGUUCGGAGAAGGUGCGUGUGAAUGGGAGACAUUUAGGGGGGAGACGUUUGUGGGGCGCAGGUGGGGAGAAAAUGCGUCUAGAGGGGAGACGGUUGUGGGGCGCAAGUUGGGAGAAGGUGCGUGUGAAGGGGAGACGUUCAGGGGGGAGACGUUUGUGGCGCGCAGGUUGGGAGAAGGUGCGUGUGAAAGAGAGACGUUCAGGGGGGAGACGUUUGUGGGGCGCAGGUUCGGAGAAUGUGCAUAUGAAGAGGAGACGUUUAGGGGGGAGACUUUUGUGAGGCGUAGGUUCGGAGAAGGUGCGUGUGAAGGGGAGAUGUUUAGGGGGGAGACGUUUGUGGGGCGCAGGUUGGGAGAAGGUGCAUAUGAAGGGGAGACAUUUGUUGGGCGCAAGUUGGGAGAAGGUGCAUGUGAAGGGGAGACGUUUAGGAGGGAGACGUUUGUGGGGCGCAGGUUCGGAGAAUGUGCGUGUGAAGGGGAGACGUUUAGGGGGGAGACGUUUCUGGCACGUAGGUUCGAAGAAGAUGCAUGGGGCGCAAGUUGGGAGAAGGUGCGUGUGAAGGGGAGACGUUUAGGGGGGAGACGUUUGUGGCGCGCAGGUUCGGAGAAGGUGCGUGUGAAGGGAAGUCGUUUAAGGGGGAGACAUUUGUGGCGCACAGGUUCGGAGAAGGUGCGUGUGAAGGGGAGACGUUUAGGGUUGGGAGAAUAUGCGUAUGGAGGGGAGAACUUUGUGGGGCUCAAGUUGGGAGAAGGUGGGUGUGAAGGGGAGACGUUUAGUGGGGAGACGUUUGUGGAGCGCAGGUUGGGAGAAUAUGCGUAUGGAGGGGAGAACUUUGUGGGGCGCAAGUUGGGAGAAGGUGGGUGUGAAGGGGAGACGUUUAGGGGGGAGACGUUUGUGGAGCGCAUGUUCGGAGAAGGUGCGUGUGAAUGGGAGACGUUCAGGGGGGAGACAUUUGUGGGGCAUAAGUUCGGAGAAGGUGCAUGUGAAAGGGAGACGUUUUGGAGGGAGACAUUUGUGGGGCGCAGAUUCGGAGAAGGUGCGUUUGAAGGGUAG